AUGCUCUCGACUUUGACGGAGAGAUUUGCUGCCAAUGAGUUCGACCGCCGCCAGCCUUUGGCGCUUGUAUUGUUCUCGAACACGAGCGAUUUACUACAAUCGCUGGCUGGUGCUUUGGCCUCUUCGCUUUUUGGCUCCUCUCACACGCCUCACACAGUUGAAAGUGUUGAUUUUCAAGCGCUGCUUGAAAAUCCCCGCUCCUCGAACCAUGAUAUCAAGCACAUACUACGCUCUACUUUGGUCGCACCUCUAGACGCCUGUCCCAAGCGCAGCCUCUUCAUUCUCGAAAACGUCCAAGCACUCGAUGACGCCACUUUACCGGUGCUGGAUGUUUUACUUGACCCUUUAAACGGCAAGCGUGCGCAGUUUCAGCAUUAUGUAGAGGGCCAAACUAGCCGUGUUUUUGACUGCACCAACACUAUCUUUCUCUUUUUAUACAAGAUAUCAUCCCAGCAUUUUUCGACGGUGAAUGGAAAGGUCGACUUUAGCGAGUGGCGCGAGCUCUUAAUGCAGCGUUGGACACGUAUUGAAGGGUCGAUUGAAGAAUUUACACCUCAGGCACUCGUAGGAAGAAUUACUGACGCAGUUGCAGUGUUUCCGUCUGGUAAAAAUGAUAAUGCUGGCAUGAGGUAUGACGAGUUCAAAAAAUCCCGUGAGUGGCGUCACAUGUGUGUCAUGCGUUCACAUUACACAGAAGACAAAGCUGAUGAAAUUGAGGACACGGAUAAGAUUUUUCCAACUUCUACGUUAUCUCUUGUUGCUAAAAAUAUGGCUGCUGCCUCGACAAUUCCAGGAAUGAUUGUUAUGAUGUCGAUACCGGCUUACUUGCUUAUUCUGACGCGUGCUAAACGUUGGAAUAUAGAGACUGUCAAAGAACGGAGGAUUAUCCACCGCCGUCGUAAUAGCGGUGGCAGCAUACCUAAGCGGAAAAGGAGGAAGACACGUAAGUGA